UAUUAGUCAAGAUGAAAUACGCAGCUUUCAUUGUCCUCAUCGCCGCUCCAGGCUUCCUCUGUAGCGUAAGCAACUCCAGGGACGUUUUCGCCUCUGUGACCGUUGAAGAAAAACCAUCUAUCUUGCCAGGAGUCUUUCCAAUCGUGCCAGAAACCAAACCAGCCGUUGUCGAUCCAUGCGAAACUAUUGUCCCAGAAACUAAACCGGUACCAAUUGAAGACGUUAUCGUCCCAGAAACCAAACCCAUACAUGUACUUCCCAUUGAAGUCAUUGAAGCACCCGAAGAGAAACCAUCCGUCACUCCAGAAUUGAGACCAUUGCCCGCUGUUGAUGUUGCCAACCCAGUCACUGUUUACAGUGACAGAGUCUGUGUUAACGCCAAUUAUGUAAAGGGAUUGUUGGCACAAAUUAUGGCCCAAAACGAAAACAACAAAAUCACCCAUUAAGAUGGAAUAUACCGGUUAUUAAAAUAUUAAGAAACAUGCGUUAUCAAAUAAAAUUACUUAAUUGAA